AUGGCUCCUCUAACCAAGACAGUUGCCGUGUACGGCGCUACUGGUGCCCAGGGUGGUUCCGUCGCUCGAAGUCUCCUUCAGAGCACCGCCGGAUUCCACGUGCGCGCUUUGACUCGCAAUCCCUCAUCGCCGCAAGCCCAAGAGCUUGCUCGCCUUGGGGCUGAAGUCGUCAAAGCCGACGGGUUCAACCACGAUGAGAUGCGUAAUGCCCUGGAUGGCGUCUGGGGUUUUUGGUUGAAUACACAUCAUCACGACCCUGUUUUCCCCACUCCUGAUGGAAUUGACGAUACCCUCUUCGGUAAAAAUCUCAUCUCCUUGGCGGCCAAGACAGGCGUCAAGGUCCUCAUCUACAGCACGUGCGAGUCAGCGAGCGAGCACUCUCACGGCAAGGCAGCAGUGAAGGGAAUGGAUGCGAAAAAUGAGGUCUUCAAGUACGGCGUCGAAAAGCCCGAAUUUGAAGCCGUCAUAGGAGCCUUUCCCGGAUGGUACAUGGAAAACUUUGUUUCACCCGAGUACGCCGCUUGCUUCGGGGGUUUUCCUUUGACUCCGGACUCGGAGGGUUACCUGACCUUCGCAAGCCCCCGACUGGGCGGCCCCGGCGAGGUGCCCUGGAUCGCCGUAGCAGAGGACUUCGGCGAUCUCGUUCACGGCCUGUUCUUAGAUCCGACCUCUUACCAUGGCCGAACAGUGCAGCUGUUCAGUGAAGCUGUUCCGCUUGAAAUUAUGACCGAGACUUUUUCGAAAGUCACCGGCAAGAAAGCCCGAUACAUGCCUCAAGCCAGUCCAAAUGACUUUCCCACCCACGGCGUGGGAGUAUUGGAAGAACUUCGCGACGUCUUCUUCUUCACCCAGUACAACAAUGGCAAUUUCUUCGGUCACCCGAACGAUGUGAAGACCAGUAGGGCGUUGAAGAGGGCAGCCCAGAUAGCUAAAGGUCAGAAGGAUACGGGUCUCUUUACUGUCCGAGAAUACUUUGAAAAACAUUUCUUGUCGUAG